CGGGUUUUGCCCCAACUCUCGAUCGCAACGGGCUCGAUUUUUGCGGUAACCGCGCGCAAUUUGGAGGUUCUGACAGCACUGCUGCAGUCCUCACAGCCCCAGCGAUCGGCGCUGCAGAAGAAGCGGCGCGCAAAGUAGCUCCGCGGGUGUCGCGCACGUUAAGUGCGCUUACAGCCGGUUCGGCCCCGCGCGCCGCGCCCCGAGCCGUGAAACCACCUGCGCGCUGCCCGAGACGCCGCGCCGCGCCGCGCCCACCGCAUCCGGCGCCGCCGCCGCGCUGCAACACGACGAUGGCCUCCAUGAUGCUCCGCAUGAUCGGCCUCGGCCCCAAGAAGGCCAAGAAGAAGAAGAAUAGGCGGGCCACGUUAGGGGCUGUUCCUGAAUAUCAAAAAGAACAGCGCAAGCCCCCAACAAAGGACGGUAGGACACCGUUAGGAGCCAUUCAAGAACAUAGAGAAGUGCCCAAGGCGCGCAAAGUCCGGCGGUCCAUGCGGCGCCACUCGCUGGGCGCCAUGCCCCUGUCUCCCGACGAGAAGACGCCGCCGCGCAAGAGGUCUCCAGUAAAAAAACAGGCCCCGCCGAAGUGGGAGCAGUUCGCGCGCGAGAAGGGCAUCUCGCCGCGGCCGAAAAUGUCGCCGCCACCGCCGGGCACGCCGGCCGAGGUGCGGCGGCUGCGGAAGCGCGUCUCCGAGCUCGAGCAGACCAUCGCGUUCCGCGACAAGUCGCUCGACGACAUCGAGGCGGAGCUGCUGGCGGCCUACGCUUCCUUGCUCGCCGCGGCCGAUUUAGGAUUUGAGACGUCGAAGUACGAAGCUCGCGUCGAGGAGCUCUCUACCGCAGCCACGGAGCACCCCGAGCGGGCGCUGCGCGACCAGGAGCUCCGUCGAGCCUUUGUGGACGAGGAGGUUAGUGGACCGGCGUCGGAGGCGUUGGCGUUGAUCCGGGGGCUCGUGCCGUCCGACUUGUCGAGCGGUGGAUCUGUUUCUGUCGAGCGACUCGUGGAUGCUGGAUUACCCGUGAAAGUCGCGCAUAGAGUUUCAAGAACGAGAGCUUUAUGGUUAACGAGGGUCCAUCCGGAUGAAAUUGCGAAGAUGCACGCGUCGGAUCUCGUGAACACGCGAGCUACCGUCACGCUGGAUUUGGUCGAAGCGCGGGCGGUGUGGCGCCAGUGCCUGCGGGUGAACUUCGCCGAGAACGACACCGACGGAAGAAAAAGGGCCUGGUUCGAGGAAUUAGAGAGACGGGUGCGAACCUUGGUGUCGAAGGAGGCCGAGGGCGACCUGUCUCCCAAAGACGCCUGCCAUCCGGCCUACGAUAAAUUUAGGAGGGAGAGCGGCCCGUUCUCCGACGUGACGUCGCCCGAGAAGGGCUUCGCGCCGACGAAGUCCGGCGCCUACCUGCCGACGCCGCAGCCCUACUCCGCGAAGCGGACCGUGGUGCGGACGCCGGCGCCUUCCGAAGAAUUUCCGCCGUUCAGCGAGACGGCCCAGGCGACGCCCAUGUGUCCGCAACAGCCCCACGAGGAGGCCGAGGACUUCCCCGCGACGCUCGAGUCGCCGGAAGUCAUCAAGGCAGCUGUGGAAGAGGCGGACGUCGAAAACAGGCGGCGGUCGUCCGUGGGCUCGGCGGCGACGAUGGCCUUCGUCGAGGCGACUUUGAGGGAGGACGACGCCAUGGCACCGCCGCCGCCGCCCUCGGAUACGACAGAUAACUCGGCGGCGUCGUCGCGCAAGUCGGUCACGUGGCGCCUGCCCGAGAAGCCGGCAAACGACUGGUUCGACGCGGCGGCGAGGAAGGCCGCCCAGGCGCGGUCGGUGCCGCGGACGCGCAUUGCGCCGCCGCCUUCGAUAGAUGUGGAGUUCGCUGAUGACGCGUUGCGACAGUUCGUCGAGACGAACGGCCUGUCGGCGUACGCGGCGGCCAUCCUCGGCGUGGCCGACUCGCUCGACGACUUGGUCGAGGCGACGGACGAGGACGUCGACGAGCUCGCGGCGGAGACGGGCAUGCCGAAGCUCAAGCAGCGGAAGUUCAAAAGGGCGCUCGCGGGGCUGCGCGGCGAUAGCGCCUGAAGGUACCCUCCCCAAGAAAUAAGUUUCCCACAACAC